UGCUGGACUACAUUAGUUGGGACGCAGAGUGUUCUACUAAGAAGAUAUUUUGGUGAACUUUUAAGAGGAUUGGAUAAAAUGAACUCAAUCUGCUUUUAAAACUAUAUUUAUCCACCUGGAAAAGUACAUAACUUGCCCACGGAUAUGGCAAAGGCAUACAGUCUGUAUGUAGGAAUGGUAACAGCUUUGGCCCUGUGUAAAUACUCUCUGGCUGAAUGGAAUACAACUGAGCAGCUGGUGAACAACACUGUGUCCCUCCAUCACCAAGGCAACACAAACAACUUCAAAGACUCAAUAGAAACUGCAACUCAAGCCAAAAAGAGCGGCCAUUUCACCAAAUGUCCAAAGGAGUUAAGGCAAUACUGUAUCCAUGGGUCGUGUCGCUUUGUAAAGGACCAGAAUACUCCUUCAUGCAGAUGUGAGAGAGGGUACAUUGGGUCCAGGUGUGAGUAUGUUGAUCUGGCCUCGCGUCUAGGUGACAAGAGGCAGAUCAUCGUAGUCUGUGUGAUAGCAGUAUUGGUCUUCCUCAUACUGUUCAUCACAUUCAUCUGCAUCUGUGCACAUCGACAUAAACUUUGCAGAUGGAAGAGAAGAAAGAAAAAGGAGACGAGGAAUGGAACAGAGAAGCUCAAUAUGAUUAUGAUGAUGAACACAAAUGGAAUGCAUGUAGCUUCAUCAGAUUCAGUAGAAACCUCAGACACCAAUGCAGUAUGACUAGCGACGGGGACUAUAAAUGGUAUUCUCCUGCCGGACGGGAUGAGGGCCUUGGUUGUAAGUGCCUGUUGGGAAGAGAGAGAGUGCUCUAACAGCACUGUGGAUGUAUACUCUUCAGCUGCUUCUCACUGCCAACCACAGUCUACAGUAUGGACUGUUCUGUGCAGAAAUGUAGGAGAACACAAGAAAGACUGGACCAGCUCCGUUGGAACUCAUACAUCCUUUAUGGUCACCAUGUAGAUGGAUCAAUAGAACAGCAGCAACUCUGUGCAUUUGGAAAAUGUGAUAAUGUUCUCAGACUCAUUUGUGUAAGCAAAAUAUACAAGGUCAUCAAAUCACAAUAAGUUAAAGUAAAACCAUGAUUUAGAGGAUAUUUUGAUGGACUCUGGGCUCUGAAGGAGUAGGCCUUUUUAUGAACUGUCGUGUAAUGUAACCUACUCUUAUGUGGGCAUGGAUUAAAUGAUUAACAUUUAUUCAA